AGCUCCGCAUUGUGGCCCGGUCUAGCGAUCCGCUUCUUCUUGGAAACAGCGUCAGCGAGCAGCUGAGAGGGGCUUAACAUUUCAAACGUCUGGCGGUAGGCUGCAAAGUUUCCAUCUAUGAAAACUCAGCCAUGAAGCCGCAGCAGUAGGCUGGUGUUGGACACAUCACAUGGCUGGCUGCAGCAGGAAUCAGUUUUCUGACAAGUUGUGCGCGCAGCCUCUCAAGAUCAGUGGCCGCACGAGUCGGUGUGGUGUCUUUAUGCUGGAUUUUUUUUAAACUAAAGAUGAUGCGCUGAGCUUUUGUAUGAUGUAUUGAAGCUGCGGAAAGUUUUUUUCUUUUUUCCUUUAUUUGCUGUUAAGUUUUUGUUCACAUGCGUGCGUAAAGCUUAAACUUUAAUAGUGGGAUAGCACUUUUAAUACUUCAUUUAGUUCUUUUAAAAAAAAGUCACUUGGUUGUCGGUGAAUUUUUCUUUUAUUCUGACAACACAACAUACAGCGGAUUAGAAGUGGGACUCUGUUGAUAUUAGUCAUAGAUGUCCGCUCAGACAGAAGGAGGCCUGCAGCUGGAGACCACAGCGAAACUUGACGCACUAAAAUCUGAGGAAGAUUUUGACGUGACAAGUCCUGACGGAUGCGCCGGUCAGCGCGGCCGCCCCGGGGACGCAGCGGUGAAUAGAGUGGCCCUGUCUGCAGAGGGCCAGCAGCAGAAACCACGCAAGAUGACCCGGAGCCCCAAAUGCGCCCGCUGUCGAAACCACGGCGUCGUGUCGUGCUUGAAAGGCCACAAACGCUUCUGCCGCUGGAGGGACUGUCGAUGCGCCUGCUGCCUGCUGGUGGUGGAGCGGCAGCGCGUCAUGGCGGCGCAAGUGGCGCUCCGGCGGCAGCAGGCAGCGGAGGUGAGGAGAGCAGGACAGGGUAAGAGGGGGGUCAGGUGUGCAGCUCCUCUGCGGAGAGCAACGUAUCAGUGUUACACCAGAGCAGCAGCAGCAGCAGCAGCAGAAUCGAGCUUUGUGGCUGAGAGCAUCCUGCAGGGGUUAAAACCUACUGUGCCUCCUGAAGACGACACCAACUGCUGGUCCAAGCAGACCCAACGAGACCAAGCACACAUCACGUGCCCCUCCAUCAGCGCUCGCAUGAGGAAGAGAAGAGCCUUCGCAGACAAGGAGUUGGAAAAUGUGAUGCUGGAGCGGGAGCUGAGACAGCGAGAGCUGCAUAAUGACUUCACUUUCCCGUCCUCUGCUCUUGUUCCCAUGCUUCACCCUCCUCCACCUCUGCCUAUCUCCCCCGGUCUUCACUGCUGCCCUCACAGCAAGGACCCCACCGCUGCAGGCCCAUCCAACUAUGUGCCUAUGUACAGAUAUAAACCUCUUCUCGAGUGCGACUUCCACUUCUAUCAGUUAUUCCACCUAAAGAGCAGGUCCGCUGCAGGAGGCGGCUAUAAUGAGUUUUUGUCAGGCCGAAGCUCAGAGCAGAGUAGAGCCGAUCAGGAGGGCCAGAGCGGGAGGAAGGAUUGUGAGAAGAAGAAUCAAGCCGAGCUAAAUCCUAUACCAUCCCCUCCAAGACUCAAAAAUGAUGUCAGCACCAUGUCGUGUGCGGGUCUUAUCAAAUCGCCUUCACAACCAACUGAAAUAAUGGACUCAAAUAGCUUUCCAGCAGUCACACUCGUUCUGUGUGGAUCAGAUCAGGGUGGACCAGACAUCCACGCACCCAGCAGGACUUUUGAUCCCAGACCUCUGACAGUUAAGAGCUGGAGCACAGACUCUCCUGCAGCCCAGGCAGGACGUCAUGCGGACUCUGUCAAGAGCCCUCAUGGCAACUCAGGCAGGACUCCUGGUGUGAAGCCAUUACCUUUCUCUGUAGAGGCUCUGCUGAGGGCCUAACAGGCAAAUGGAAAGUGGAGUAUAGUGCACUUUGUUAUGUCUGACUAAGAAUUGAAU